AUGGCUACCAUUGAGUCUACCAGAUUGUUUCCCACCGAGCGACCGCCGCCGACAUCAACGCCUCUGUCGAUCCUCGAUGCAACUGUUGUGAGAUUCACCCCGACAGGUGCCAUUUGGAUCUUCGACACAAAUGUGGACCCGCCAAGCUUGAUCGACCAUCUUCGCUCCUCAUUAAUCACCACAUUGUCCACAUUCCCUCAAUGGUCUGGGCAAUUGCAAUGGUCUCCUGUCGGCGAAGGAGGCCACACUGAGCGAUUCAAUCGCCCAAUUCUCAAGUAUGGCACCGAUGCCGAUCCCGGCGUGGAGUGGACGGUUAUCGAAAGGCCCAUUCGAGCCCAAGAGGUCGCACCUACCGCCAAGGAGCGUGCUUCUUCGACCGCUGGCUCUCGACCCGGAAGCUGGAAUGGCGAUGGCUUUGACGAGACCUUGUUUGUCUCGUCAAAUCCAUUGGCUUUGUCCAACCUGCAUGACUAUGCUGGUCGUCCUGGAAUGCAAGUCCAGGUCACUCUUCUCGGAGGAGGAUACGCCAUCGGCGUGAAGUUAGCACACUGUCUAGCAGAUGCGCAAACUCUCAUGAUUUUCAUGAAACUUUGGUCGGCAAACAGCCAAGAAAGCUUUGGGAAUAAUUGCAAACCGUCGGCAAUCGACGAGCCCAUCUUCAAUCCCGAAUUACUGGACAGCCUUGCUGGUGGCGAUAUCGACAGCCCCAAUCGCAAUCAAGCUCUGACACACACAGCACGUAGCUUGCCAUUACAUCGCUUCAGCUGGUGGGACACAUCAGACGAAGGUUAUCCGAGCGUUUGCGUCUCCACGACAGAGCAUUCAAAGCCCCCUCCCGAACAACUCAAGCGUAUGCAAGUAUCUCCCUCAGAGCCAGCACCUUGGACCACGUGGGACUUUUCCCGCCCGGCCAGCUACACACAACUGCAUUUCACAGGCUCGGAUCUAGCCCGUAUCAAGGCUCUUGCUCUUGCUGACUCGGGCACUCGGGCUGACAUCUCCCGCCUCGACGCUCUCCUUGCUUACCUGUGGGCGUGCAUCACUCGCGCUCGCGGAUACGAAAAUUCAUCCCGACAGGUUUACCUCAAUCUGACUCUUGGGGCACGAGCUCGUGUGUCACCCGCUCUUCCUGAUACAUUUAUUGGGUCCCCGCUAUUUAUAACCCACGUCGGAGCAUCCGGUUCCUCGGUCUGUCAGACGACGCUGGGUAGCAAAGCUAGUCAAAUUCGAGAGACGAUGAAAAAAUUCACUCCAGAUGCCAUGGGGGCAAUUCUACAUGAUGCGGCUUUUGAGGCUUCGCCACAACGGUUGUGGCAAGCUUUCAUGGGCACGGAGCAUACAAUAGUUACAUCUUGGUUGAGGUUAGGAUUGUAUAAUAUUGACUUUGUGGGUGGGUGUCAACCCCGAUAUGCGCAUGCUAUCAUGCCGAAGCUGGAUGGAUGUGCUCAGAUCAUGGACAGUGGGAUAGGCGACGAUGGCAUGGAUAUUGCACUUUACCUUGACAAGGAGGCUAUGGGCAACUUGCUUCGAGAUAAAUGUUGA